UCAACCCUUCAUUUCCUCCCUGAGUCGCCGCGCACCUCGACACCUCCUCCACCACUCUCUCGCCCCUCUACUGCUCUCUCUCUCUCUCUCUCUCACUCACACCCUGUAAGCGUAGACCUCCGAGUCGGGUUUAAACUUCUACUCACACACACGACCCACCGGUACACACCGCGCCCCCUCGACCCCCGGGGGCCCCCGACCACAACCACCGCCUCGGUCCGAGGAAGAGGAGGGAGAGGAAGGAGCAUGGCGCCCACGGUUCUGCAGACGGGCGGCUUCAUACUGGGCGUGGUCGGCGCGGCCGCUCUCAUCGCCGCCACCGCCAUGAACAACUGGAGCGUGAAGGACCGGCAGGGCGACGUGGUGACCUCGGUGUACACCUACAAGGGCCUGUGGCGGGACUGCGAGACCACCUCCUCCGGCCUCACCGAGUGCCGGCCCCUCUACGGCCUGCUGGGCUUCUCAGGCAUGUUCCAGGCAGUGCGGGCGCUCAUGAUCGUGGGUGUGGUCCUGAGCGUGCUCGGGGCGCUGAUCUCCGUUUUUUCUCUGAAGUGUCUCACCAUGAACAGCAUGGCCGACUCCUCCAAGGCCAAGAUGAGCCUCACCGCCGGCGUCAUGUUCAUCAUCGCUGGUGUGUGUGGCAUUGCGGGGGCGUCCAUCUAUGCCAACCAGAUCGUGGCCAGCUUCAGGCAGGCCAACUACAACCCUAACUACGGUGGGGGAUACCAGGGGGGCAUGGGAGGAGGAAUGGGAGGAGGAAUGGGCGGAAUACCAAGGUACACCUUCGGCCCGGGGCUGUUCGUGGCCUGGAUCUCCAGCGGGGUGCUGCUGGUGGCCGGGGUGCUGAAGAGCCUGGCCUUCAAGGGGAUCAUGGACGAGAACAAGUCAAGUUACCCCGGAGUGGCCUACAAACCCAAGCCACAGAGCAAAGCGGAACACGACGAUCCAGAACCGAAGAGGGAGAUGCAUAAAUAUGUGUAAAACAAGGCCACUGUUGAGCUUUAGGUCACUGAAAGAUGAUGCAUCCUCUAUGUUUUUAUACUCUGUUUAGCCACUUUAUUACUGGACCCCUUUCUUUCAUCACCCGUUUCUGCACAAGAUUAAUUUUUUCAAAAUAAGAAAUGUUUUUCUAUCUUAAAUUGAAAAUUUAGCAAUAAUUCAGGGCCUCCUGAUAUCAUUGCCGUUUUUUUUUUUCAUUAAAGUUUUAACUUGUAAAUCCAAAAUAAACAAUUUGCCAAUGUU